CUCUGGAAGCGUUUGAAAGAUGGGGCAAGAAAAGUCCUUGAUCCUUCAAGGAAUGAGGCUAGAGGCUCUGGGGGUGGUCCAUCACAAACAAAAUGUAUGGAUGGAGCAGACGAAAUUGUGGCAGCAAUGCUGGAAGCAUCAUUUGAGCCAUUAGAAAUGGUAUAUGAUGACGAUACUCGUACCUUUGUAUUCCAGGAAGGUCCUGGAGUACUACAUAUUCCCAUAUUUAUUGAUAAUAAUGGUGGGAAUGUAAAUGGUAGUCAGUAGAAAGAUGUUAUAGAAACAAAUGAUGCUCCAAGUUCUUCUGCCCUUUUUCUAUUCCUAUAACUCAGAAAAAGGCAUCAGAAGUAAAAAAGUAAGGGGGAUAAUUUAUUACUGACAUAUUUGAAAGAAUACUGUUCUGAAUAGUCAUUUCCUUACAUUUCCAAAAAAUAGUUGAUGCAUUUUGUUUAAUUUAUAAGCAAUUAUUUGUAAGUUUGUUUGUUUGAUAUUUUAAAAAUGUUUGGCAAAAAUUUGUCUUUUAAGUGUAUGAACAAUUACAAUAACUUAAUAGAAUAUGAGGAGAAACAUAAAAAGUAAUCUCUAAGCAUGUUUCUGAC